AUGAGCUCUGCUGGAGACGAAGAGCGCGCUGCUGCGAGCGGAGAACAGAUCCGCCCGCCGGUGCAGGAGGGCCGCGACGCGGAGCUUGCAAGUUUGCAACGGCAGAUUUCGCAAUUGGCGGCCCUGGUGGAGGAGUCGGUGAAGAAGAAGGAGCCUGGCAGCGUCGUGGCGACUGCAGCUAGUAGUGGUGGCUGGGUUGCUGCCCCCAGAGGCCAUCGAGAAGAGCCCACGCUGCCGCUCGUUGGUGGCGGAGAGCAGUAUCCCCGUGGGCGACUCAAACCUGCCGUAUACAAGGUCAAGCGCACACAGAAGUCCGAGCCAAAAGCCCAAAAGUGUUUUUACCUCGGUCCGGGAAUCAACACCAACCGUGAUUGCGUGCGCAUCUUGAACGAAAAACGCCAAGAGAUCACAACUCACAACUUCACCUGGCAACCCGUGCCCGCGGCCCCCGCAGCCCUGCCCCAGUCGCUGCCUCCCAUCGCAGAGGAGGAAGAGGAAUUCGCGACUGAGGAGGACGAGGUUGGGGAGGGAAGGUCGAGCCAAGGUGGAGGGAGGGCGGAGGGAGAACCUGUGGAUGGAGGACCAGGUUUCACCCUUGGCACGACGGCAGUCCCGGGGCCUGCGGUGCCGCCCGCGCGCGUAGCGCCGGCGGCCCCACCGGCCGCGCCCCGGGAGUCGGGCGCGGGCGACACUGGCAAUGGCGCACCCUCGAGCAGGGAGGGCGCGAGCGUCGCCCCAUCUACCACGUCGACUGGCACGGCCGAUGUGGGCGGCGGCGAGGACGACCGCCGCAGCAGCGGUAGCGGCGGCAGCGGUGGCAGCAGCGGCGAUGACGGCGGCAGCGGCGGCAGCAGUGGCAGCGACAGCGAGACGGAUCCCCCGGCGCUCAGUGGGCCAGAGGCCCGACGGCUCGCCCGCUUCGACAAGCCGACGGAACUCACCAGCCGCCGCACUAGGGAGAACCCUCGCCGAAAUCCGAGGUACGAGUCGCCCCCGUCGCCGACAAGUGCCGAAGCCCUGCUCGCCUCGGUGGCGAGCCUGCCCGUCAGCAGCACGGAGGAGUUCACCCGCUGGAUGCUCUCGGCAGUACUUCACGUGGCGGAGGGGCUAGAGGCGAGGGUGGUGCGAGAGUUGCUGUCCGAGCGCGCGCAGGAGGCCCACGCUGCGCGCCAAGAGGCGGAGGAUUUCCUGCUGGGUACGGUGGACCUCAUGCUCAACUCGCCAGACGCCUUCGAGACGGCUCUGACGUCCCACGAGCAGAACGGUGCGCCAGAGGGGCGCAGGCCUGUGAGCUCAAAGUGGUGUUUUAGUUGGAAGACCGACAAGGAAGGGAAGAUAGACACGCUCAAAGCGCGUCUGGUGGCCAGGGGGUUUUCGCAAGUCCCAAACGUCGAUUAUUUCCAUUCGUCUUCCCCUUGCCCAUCAUCCGCAUUCAUCAAACUGAUGCUUGCGGUAGCAAACCUGAAGGGCAUGAACCUCCAUCACUGGGAUGUGAAGAAGGCGUACACACACGGCACGCUAGAUGAGGAGCAUGAUGUGGGUGUCGACGUUCUCGCGUCCGACGUCUCGUUCGCCGUGCGUGCGGUAGCGCGUCACGCCCACGCCCCGGCGAAGAGGCACUGGGAUGCUGUACAGAAGAUCCUCGGCUACCUGAAAGGGACGAGGGACCUCGGCAUCACCUACCAACGGGGAUCGGGGUUAGGGCUGGCCGUGUACGUAGACGCUAGCUACGCCGACACGGAGGAUAGGCGUUCGGUGUCAGGUUUGGUGACGACGGUCGGAGGUACCGUAGUCAGCCAUGGUAGGAAGACACAGAGCAUCGUGUCUCUGUCUUCGACGGAGGCCGAAUACAUUGCUGCCGGGGAGGGCGUCAAGGAGGCGUUGUUUGUGCGUGCUGUGCUUUCGUUUGUUGCCCCAGAGACCAGUGGUAGCAGCAUCCGGGUCCUUGAGGACAACCAGGGGGCCAUAGCGUUGGUGCAGAACCCUCUCAGCUCAGGUCGCACUAAACACAUCGACGUGCGGUUUCAUUUCAUCCGCGGAUUGUUUGGGUCGGGGGAUAUUUCGGUCAAGUUGGUCCCGACAACGGAGCAACACGCGGACCUCCUUACCAAGGCCCUUAGCAGGGCCAGUCUGCAGCGAAACGGGGGAGGAAGGCUCCCCCGAGAGCCUUUGCCGUGCGUGUCUAGCAUGGAGAACGUCAGGCGCGGACUCCUUCGGCAUUUCAGCUUUGUCGUGGACGCGGUGAAGAACGAGCGGUGUAGCACGCACGCAAUCGAGGACACAGAAGCACAGGUCGUCGCCACUCUCGGUUACAACGCCACCUGCCUGGUCAGAGGUGAAGAUGAAGCGCGGCGAUUGCUCGACGAGCUGGCGGCCGACCCAGCCAAGGCGAAACUCUGGUACGACACCUCCUCCGGAGACCCGAUGGACCCUUCACAACCGACGACCGAGGCCCCUGGCGUCUCCAUGGUGUCCCGCACAUCCGUGCCCCACGUUGCGGACCUACUCCGUGACCAGAACGUCAACGCAGUGGUGCGCGUCAGCAUGAUCACUCCGCUGUCUGAGUACAGUCACCUCGUUGCUCUUGGACCCGACGGUUUCUUCCUCUGCACGUGCCUGCGGCAGCUGGUGUACGGCCUGCUCUGCCCGCAUGGCCUCGAGGCGUUGUGGGCCGAGGGUGUUGUCAGCUUCAACGGAGCAAUCAUCUCACCACGGUGGCGUGAGAGUGAGACGCCAUGGCUGAUGGCCGAGCUGGCCGCUAAGCCUGCGAGCCUAUCGGCCCGAGCGGCCACGAGUGCCGGUCUGCCGGCGGGUGUCGGCCAGCCGCCGCGUGUCGACCCCAACUCCACCGUCUCGCGCUCCGGCCCUAACGUGCCAUCAUACACGUACGCGAACGGCGUUGCCCUGGGCAAGAAGUUGGGUGGUAUGUUCAAAGAGAUCAACAAUCUGGCUGGCAUCCACCGCGCGAUGGAGACCAUCAAGCUUUUCGCCCGCGGGCAAGUCGACUUGGAUAAGAGAUCCCAAGAAAAGCACUCGACGAACCGAGUAUUCCGAGGGGUUUUCUCGCAGCCCGCCGAAGACGUGCCGUCGGGAGACGCCGGCGGUACGGGGCGGGGCCCGGGGCGGGGAGGCCGUAGCGGCGGAGGUGAAAGGGGGGCGACAGGGAUGGGGGGGAGGGGCGGACGGAGCCAGGGGCGCGCAGCGAGGGGCGGAGCAACCGGCGUGCGUACACCAGGCCCUGGCGCGAGGGAUUCCUCGUCCCACCCGCCAGCGGCCGUGGGCGGCGCGGUGCCACUGGUCAGUGGGGCGCACACGCUCCAGGGUGCUGGCAUGCCGCUUGGUUCCCUGAGCAACGUCGCCGUUCCUGGUGGCGCGGGGCGGCAGCCCCUUGCCUUGGACCAGGAGCAAGCGCCGCCCGUGUUGAGGCAAAGGGGGCGGAGCAAAAGGCACGAGAGUUCUGCAGCUGGCGGACGUUAGUGGAGGACAUCGCGCGGAGACGCCAGAGAGAUGUAGCGCGCAUUACGUGUGUUUGCGCGGUAUGGGCGUUGCUACCGUUCGCAGUUUUUUUUUUUAGGUGGUCUGAGUACAGAUAACAUGAAGUCGGAUUUUUUUGGCCUUCGAUAGAGAUCAGAUCACCAUUUGGGCAGCGCGUUUGGGAAGGACGGCUCGCUUC